ACGGCUUUAAAAGCUCCGCAACAACAGCAAUGACCGUCAUUAUUAAAGUCACCGCUGAAGCGAAACAUUCGGGAAAACAUACUCGGUGAACAUUUUCGGUAGGUUACCGUCACGACUGGAAUGAAGAGCUUCAGAUUAUUGGCAGUGGUGUGUUUGGUGGUGGCCACGGUGUCCUCCGCACCCGUGGAUCAGUCUAAGCCAAACAAUGAUUUAUUUGCUGGUAUUCUGGGCUUCGCCCAGCUCGGAAACCCACCGAAAGAAAGUGAACUGGUAAAGAGACGCAUUUACGAAGAAAAUCACGACAGGGAAUUGAAGCAAAUCUCAUUGCAAUCGUUAAUAAAUAACAUGGAAGAUAGUCUAUUUGCCUCGGCCUUUAGUGUCCAUAAUGUGGCGCAUGACCCAUCUGCCGUAAUUCCAGAAAUUAGAUCAGAAGGCGGAAAAGUAAAACUCGACCAUGAUGUGAAUAAACGUAAUUUAAUAGCCGAGACCACCACAGGCCCCAGUGUGGAGACAACAACUCUGAUUCCGGUGGAAGGUGAAGAACGUAAAGUAGUUCUUCAAACAACUGAAAGGGUUCCCGAAAGUGCUGGUGUACCCGCUCACAUCAUAAUCGAUCGCAUCGCCAUCCAACCUCAUCAUGGCAAUUUUGUUCCUUUAAUACCCGCAUUCGAAAUCAAACACACCCGUACGGCCAAUGGCGAAAAAGUACCGGAAGUUACUAGAAUAAGUAUUUCUAAAACGGAAAUUACAUCAGUGCCAAAUGCAGCAUCCACUACAGCAGUGCCAACUACUAGCUCUCCAGAAACAACUACAGCAGCUACUACUGCAACAUCAACCACAAGCUCUACAGAAGCAACUACAACCUCAACAGACAACACGUCCACAACAUUAGCAGGCACUAGUUCAACAACAACAGCAACAGAGACAACUCCAACAACAUCUACCCCCACAACAUCUUCAACCACUGCUGUUGUGGCCACCAAAGAAACUGAAUCGACUACCGCCAAAAAUAUAGAACAGCUAAAGGAAGAGGAACAAGAGCUCAAGGAAAAAGUGGCCGAAAUUGAGGCCGAACCCAUCAUCCUUUCAGCACGCGUCUAAAAUUCAGGGUAUUUUGGCACUUUCACAAUUUUCCUUUUCUCAAAAAAAUGUACAUAACUUCAAAUCCUUAUUUAUUGUAUUCCAAAGCUUUUUUUGUAUCAUUCCCAUUCGAUCAAGCCGCAUUUCUAACGACUGGAAAUCGUUGUUUGUCCGUUUAAUUUUCGAAAAAUCAUGUGAUGUGAAAUUCUCAGUAUUAAUUCGUAUCGACCACUAAUUUGUAGACUUGAUUCAUUUCAUUAUUGUUUUCAGCAAUAAUACAAGCAUAACCGUGUACAGCAAGCAAAUGUACAUAUGUAUGUAUGCAUGUGUAGCUCUCUAGAUAUAUAAGUAAGUGUAUGUAUUUUUGUCAUUAGCAUAUAAGUGAAGAUUUUGAUUUUUGCAAAAUUUGUUAAACAAAUAAAAAAUUAUGGCGUCGUUUUGUUUAAUUGUCGCAUCGAAAUUAAAGUUUUUUACCUCAUUUCGAAUUCAGAUUGUCUGGAUGAUGUGAAAAUGGAAAUCAAUAA